UUUCAUUAUUUGUUCAAAAAAGAAGCCCUGAAAAUAUAUUUUAUAUGUAGAUUAUUACAAGCGCUGGUUUUUGGUGGAUAGUGGAGUUCUAUAGAUCAAAAUACUUUUUUGUAAGAAUUUAACAAAGAUGUUUUUGAGCAAUUAGUUUUAAGUAUUGUGGCUAUUCACCUUGGCCUUCAGCAAGGCAAUUCAAAUAGAGCUGUUACAAAUGUGCUGAAAACACAUUUUAGAUUUUAAUGGUACAACUCAAAACUAACUGAAUUCUAUUACUACCGUGUCUGUAGUUGUGUGGUUUGAGUUUCACGUUCUUGUAGGAGUGUAAGGUUACUGGAAGGCACUGCAUUUGCAAAGGUGUAAGACCUGAGUUUUUACAAACUGUUUGAUGGCCACAGUAUUGAAGACAGUGAUGCUGAAGACAGUGAUGCUAUUUUGAUUCUGGGGCUAGGAUGAAUUUCCAGAACAGCAACUGCAUCUCCUUGGCUAAACCCCCCGAGCAACAGACAGUAAGGUGGGGGAGAAAAGGGGGAGCAUGUGUCCUUAUCUGAACAUGGAAGAAUGGAAAUUGAGACAAAUGCAAGACACUCUUUGCCACUUUACAGUGUCUGUACAAAGGGCGAUUGCAAUUUGAACUUGUGAGAAUGCAACAUGCUACACCUCAGUAAGAGGAGGUUGUGAUGGUGCAGUGUCUAAAGCAUCCGGUUUUAUGAAGUCAUCUUGCGAUGUUUGUAAUACAUCCAGAGUAACUUAGUCGCUGAUGUAUCUGAAUUUUUAAAAUUGUGGGAUUAGGAACAGCAAUAAUCUAGCCUAACCACUGAAUCUUAAAAGUGCAAGCAAACAGGCAAAAAAGCAAACCCCUGUCUUGUUAGUUCCCUGUUUUUUGUGCUAACAACAUACAUGCUACUUUUCAGUUUUCAGAGGUAGUUUUCAUUUCAAGUCCUUUAAAUAUGCAAAUUCUCAAUUGUUAACAUAGCUCCUAUGCUUUUUCUACUAUUUAUUCCUGCAGGCUGGCUGGAAAGCAGUAAUUCUGCUGUGUUGGCAGAAAAAUGGCUGUUUCAGCAUCUGUGUUUCAUUUUGUGCUGAAUCAAACAAUCCCUAUAAACCCUGUGUGGUGUCAGGUGAUUGCAGUGCGUGUUACUGUUAAGGGUGUCCUAAAAACAGCAGAAAAAGGACGUAUUGAUGGGGUUUGGUAUGGUCUAGUAGGCUGUUCCAUGCCAAAGAAAUGCCCUAAGCAUCUGGCUCUUAGAUAUUCUGAUACGGGUGACAGUGUCUUGAUACGGUGUUUUGUGAUAAUAUUUUCAUCUGCACAGUCAGCAUUUCCUAAUGGGAAAAAAGAAGGGGUUUGGCCAAACACUUCAAAUCUGUUCUAGCUUUUUCUCUCGCUAGAUACCAAAAUAGCAUACUUGGAGUAGAAGUUGUAACCGUGUACUCCAUUAUCUGCUUGUGGUCCGAGUAAUAACUUGGCUUGUGCUUUUCUACCCUUCUCAGUGGACAGGAAGAACAGUUCAAAGUAGGUCCUGAAAAAUUGCUGGGGGGGGGCAGCAUUUCUCUGACGUGUAAAGAAUUUCAGCUGUGGCCUUUGUAUGUAAAGCAGCAUGGAGGAGAUGCUUCCUUCAUCCUUACUGUUUGACUGGGAUUCACUGGACCUGCUGUCUCCAUUGCUUGUGGGAAGCUACAACCUGCUUAAUUCUUGUUCUUGUAUUUUCUUACUUACCGGCUCUGCCACAAGAUUAGUCAAUCAGUGAGGUUAUUAGCAGGCCUGUGAGAAAUUCUGCUUCCUGAAAAUGUUGCAUAACACGGUUUGGACAUAAAGUGUCAAGGGAGGAGACAAAAAGACAAAAAACAUGCUGCGGUGGGGGCUGAGGACACAACUGUGGCAAGAAGUUUGAGGCUGAAAGGCAGAGUGAGACUGGGAGCACCCAGCUGUGCGGAGCGAAGGGGACUUUGGAGAGUCUUCCUUGUUUUUUUUAGAAAAUGUCUUCCAAAGAGGACCCUGCAGUGGAGACGGGUGACAAUGAAAUACAUGAGCUCAAUCCUUCCGCAGUGCAAGCUCUUCUCCCGCAUGCAGGCAUUGAUUUUCACAAGCUUGUCAAAGACAUGGAGGCAGAAUUCCAGGAAAUCCGUGGACAGCUGCAGAACAGUUACAACCCUACCAUGAGAAACGAACACAACAGGUUGAAGUCCUUCUUGUCCUAUAAGUCCUAUUCAUCAUGGUCUUUGACGGAAAUGGCAGCGGCUGGUUUUUAUCACACGCUUGUUAAAUCCAGCAUACAGUGUUUUUGCUGUGGAUUAGUUUUAUUCACCACGAAGGUUAGGUGUACCCCAUACGAACAGCACAAGAAAUUUUGUCCCACUUGUGAAUUUGUCCUGGGCAAAGAGGUGGGUAAUAUUUCGAAGUACGACAUACGUGUUCAGAAGUCAGAGAAGAAUCCAGCAGAAGACUCCUACAGGUACAGCACAGAGGACGCGAGGCUGCAGACCUUUGACGGAUGGCCGUUCUAUGCCAGAGGAACAAAGCCUGAUUUGCUUGCCAGGGCUGGGUUUUUCUUUACAGGCAAGAAAGAUACAGUGCAGUGUUUUGCUUGUGGUGGAUGUCUGGGAAAUUGGGAAGAUGGCGAUGAUCCUUGGAGAGAACAUGCUAAAUGGUUUCCUGAAUGUGAAUUCCUUCAAAGUAAGAAAUCAAGUGAGGAAAUUAAAAACUACAUUGAAACCUACAGUGGAUUUGUUGGAGUGGUGGGGAAGGAUUUCACAGCUUCCUUUAUCAAGGAGAAUUUAUCUACUGCAACAGGUGAUCUUGUCUUGAACAUCUUUGAGGAUGAAGGAGUUCGGCUGGACUCUUUUAAAACUUGGCCAGCAGAAGCCCGUGUUGAAGCCACCGCUCUCGCUAAAGCCGGGUUUUUUUAUACAGGAGAAGGCGAUACAGUACAGUGCUUCAACUGUGCACGUUGCUUAAAGAAUUGGGAAGAAGGUGAAGAUCCUAUGGAAGAACAUGCAAAAUCGUUCCCAGAUUCCAACUGCUCAGAAGUACUUGGGAAGUCCCUGGAAGAGCAAGCAGAGAGCCUGUCGACACUGCAGGCUGCACAGAAAACUCCCUGUAAGGCAAAUCUUGAAGAGAAAGUGACCCUACUUUCUAUAGGAGCUGACAUGACAUCUGUUGAAGGUCAGUGUUUUCAAGAAGCAAGGAAAUUGACUGAACAACUUACAAAGGUUUACAACGAUAAAAGCUUCAGCAAAUUGUUUUCCUUUGGGAACUCAAACCAUUUGGCUAUUGACUUGAAAUCACUCUAUGGGGACCUAUCAGUUGUCUCAAAGGAUAUUAACGAUCAGCCAAUACAGCAGCUCUUUCUUCAUGAAAUCCUUGCGAACCUUAACUCUACCGUUGUGCUGGAAGGUGAAGCAGGAAGUGGGAAAACAGCAUUGCUCAGGAAAAUAGCCCUUCUUUGGGCUUCAGGCUGCUGCCCCAUUCUGAGCAGGUUCAAGUUUGUAUUUUAUCUCUCCCUGGCUUAUGCAAGAUCAGAUCAGAGUAUGGCUGAUAUUAUACGCAAUCAACCGGUAGGAUUUGUGGGACCAUUAACAGAAAAAACUCUGAGAGACGUAAUUCAGCCACUGAAAAACCAGGUGUUAUUUCUUUUGGAUGACUAUAGUGAGAUCAAUUCAGUGCCCCAACCUGUAGAAGAACUUAUACAAAGGAACCAUCUCUACCAGCAUUGUUUGGUUGUUGCUGUCCGUACCAACAGGACGAGAGAAAUUCGCAAGUACGCAACCACCACGUUAAGCAUUGCAGAGUUCCCUCUCUCCAGCACUCUGUAUGUGCUAAAGAAAUUGUUCUCCUACAAUAUUGACCUCGUGGACAGGCUUCUCUUACAGCUGCAGUUUAACAAGUCCAUGCAGACCAUUCUAAAGACACCACUUUUUGUGGUGUCUCUCGCUGCAUAUUGGGUACAGCACCCAAAGGGCAACAUAAUCAACAAUACGGUUAUUUUUAAAGCCUAUCUGCUCUACCACUUACUAAAAUACAGUGAAGAAAAAGAACAUGUCCUGGCUAUGCUUUCCUCGUGUGGUGAGCUUGCCUUAACCGGUCUUUUCAAGCCAUCUUUUGAUUUCACUGAGUAUGAUCUAUCUGAAGCAGAAGUUGAUGGAGAUGAAGCUGUUAGGCUGGGUUUACUGAGCAAAUUUACUGCCCAGAGGCUUCAUCCAGUUUAUAAAUUCUUUCACCCCUUGUUUCAGGAGUUUCUUGCUGGAAGAAGACUGAGCGAGCUCCUGGUUUCUGAUGAAAAAGAAAAACUGGAGCGAGGGCUGCAAUACUUGCAGCAAAUCAACACAUUUAGAAAAGUUGCUGGGCGCUACAAUUUUUUAUUGUUUUACGCUUGCAGCUUCUCUUCCCAAGCAGUCCCCCAAAUUAUAUCCUAUUUAUUUAAAUUGAUUGACUACAAGGAAUCAUUGGAAAGCCAGUCAGAAAAUGAUGAGCAUCUGGAGCACCAUUCAGACCUUUCAAUAAGAAUGUCCUUAAUUGACCAGUUAUGUUUUAUUGAUCCAAAAGCGCUUCUUCAAGUUUUCAUUGAGUAUUUACUGGACUUUGCUACUUCUGUAGUUUAUGAAAGUAAUACUGUCUCUGUGUGCGCCCCAAUCAUUUUUCAGUUCCUAAGAGGCAAAGAUAUUUCGUUCAGUUGUUUUUCACCACAAAAAUCUAAGCUGCGCUUUUUCCAGGAUUACCCAGAAUCGCUAUCUCUACCCAGUAGUUUUCAGGUUGCAGUACAAGGAAGUGAGCACAAACAAGGACUUAAUAUGUCUCAAAUAGGUGCUUGCUAUUCUUCACUGGAGAUGCCAACAAUUGACCGGGAUUAUGCUCCUGCGUUUACACGCUUGAAUGACAUGGCACAAAAAGUGAAAAAUGAAGAAGAAGAAAAUAAUAGAUUUAUUUCACUGAUAAGAAGACAUCUACCAGACUCCAUCGUGUGUCCUUUCCUACUUACAAAAGGGAAGAUGCCGCUUUUAAAGUGUAUGUUCAGAAACAUCAGUUCCUUUCAGGAAGCUGACCUCAGAAAUUUGAUGACACUGUUUUCUGCUUCGGAUUAUAUUGAACUUCAUCUGAAUAACAGUCCUGGAUUCAUAGAAGUCAUCCGACCUGCUAUUGAACAGUACAAGGAACAUUUUAAAAAAUGUAGCCUACAUCAUCUUAACUUGAGCCAAACCGAGCAAGAAUUACUUCUCUCGAUGUCUUUUGUGGAAUGUCUUGAGAUAGACGAAAAAGAAAUGCCAGAACUACUUUUUUCAAAUUUGGACAAAUUCAUCUGCCUGGAGGAACUGUCAGUGAGUCGAUGUGAGAACCGCAAUGUAUUUGAUACAAUACCUGACGGCUUCAAAAAUCUCCGUAACAUGAAGAAAUUGUUGAUAAGAAGAAUGAAACUUGAAAACACCUCUAGGCUGGUUGAAUUUAUUAAGAGCUUCCAAGACCUCUCUGUUUUUCACCUGGACUGCUCCAGCUACUUCAAUUCUGAAUCCCUUCUGGCAGCAAUUUCUUCAUGCAAGAAAAUAACAGAAAUCAAGUUAACUGGGUCAUUUUUGAGAGAUGGAGAUUUGCUUUCUUUAGGUGCUGCUCUGACCAAUUUUGUCUCUCUCAAAGUGCUGGAUCUUAAUGGGCAACAUUCUGAUGACAAGGAAGCUUGUGAAAUCUUUGCAUGCAAUUUAGGUGUUCUUCUUAACCUGGAGGAGCUCAUCCUUCCUGCAGGGAAGGGAAUAAAGUCUGCAGGCAAACUGAUUGUUCAGCAGUGUCUACACCUGCUGCACCUCAGACGCUUCUCAUUUACCCGAUGUCUGGAUGAUGGCAGCCUGUUGGAAAUAGCAAAAGUUGCAAAUUCUGGAGGUUUCCAGAAGCUUGAACAGCUCUCACUGUCAGUAAAUCACGAUGUUACAGAAACUGGUUGGAGAAACUUCUUCAAAACGCUUAAUAACAUGCCUGCCUUAAAAGAGCUGGACAUUAGCCGGAUGUUCACACAUCAGAUCAAAGCCAGUGCAUCAACAGUGACGGCUUUUGUCCAGUGUGUUUCUCGACUGCCUGAUCUUGUGACAAUAGUAAUGCUGGGAUGGCUCCUUGAUGCAGAGGACCUUAAAAUGUUUGAUAUCAUGAAGGAGCAGCAUCCCCAGUCCAGGAGCUUAAAAUUAUCUUGGCAAUGGGUUUUGCCACUUUCACCAAUUAUUCAAGACUAGAAAUGUUUCAAAGUGUUAGGGUUUGGGGUUUCUUCUCUUCCUUCUUGUAUUACGAAUUAUAUACCUGCAUUGCAAAUAAACACGUAUUUUAAAAUUUUUACCAGGAUGAAACAUGCCACUCUUUUCUACAGCAGGGUUAGGUUAAUGUAAAAGGAUCAAGGAACAGGAAACAGGAUUAAUGUAACUCUAAAAGCUUGACUUUCUUUGAAAAUAUGGUUAUAGAUUGUAUCUAAGUGGUAUCUUCCAAAGAAAAAUGAAUUUUGCUUAAAGCCCACUUAAAAUAAAUUAUUUCUACUCAGUUGUUUUUCUUGCAAUGAAAUCAAUUACACGAAUCACUUCUGAAAUAAAAGUUAUAAAACCCUUUAUGGUCAGGACCGCGCUAAAGAUAAUACUGGAUGCUAGAUUCUACUAGUGUCAAAAACCAAUAAAGGCCACUUUUUAUAACGCCAGAUACUAACACAGGACUAGCUGACUGAGGCAGGUACAAGUUGUGCCUCUUUAGCAAUGAAGAGUUGCUGAACAGCUGAUUUAGCAGCUUUGCAUCACUGCAAGCAAAUUAAUUUACUUCAGCUAGACAAUUAAGGAAAAGGCUUCAAAGUGGCUUCGGGAAGUUAAGACUAUGUCCUUCUCUUUUUGCUCAAUUACUUGUGGGAAACUUGUGAUUUUUCUGACACUCAACCACAGCAGGAAAAGGAACUAAAUGCAGCAAAAAUUCAGGCCCCUAUUUGGCUAGUUUCCCUGAAAAUAAACACACCGUCAUAAAUAAAUUAGUCUAGUUUUGUGGCUGCAGUCUCUACCCUACACGAGUUAAAAUUAUAAGGGCUGAAAUCUAAGUCCAUACUUACCAUGACCUUUCCCUACUCUGCAUUUUCUAAUUUGCUUUUAGUAAUGGCACUCAGAAAAAGACCACACAGCACAACCUUCCGGCGUAUUUCAGUCAUUCAUCCAACAGACAGAUGUCUACAGAAGCUAAAAAUAAAAAACACCCCAAA